AUGGUCUGCAUUCUCAAACCAAGCGAAUAUUACGGUUUGUAUCUCAACGGUACUAUCCGGAUUACCGACGAGCUCGUGAAUAAAGAUGGUGGUCUGAAGUUUACACUUGAUGUCGACGGUUUUCCAAAUUAUCUUCAGGGUAACAAGAUAGGGAUUGCCGUGCACGAGAAUGGGGACAUUUCUAAGGGGUGCCAAAACAUCGGGGGCCAUUAUAACCCCCACAAGGCCAAAUUUCAUGGUUCCAAUAUGUCUUCGUUGAAGGAAAAGCAUUUAGGCGAUAUGGGAAAUAUGUUUGUUAAAGAUGGAAAGUCGACCAGCGUCAUAUACAAUAGAGAUAUGAGACUGUUUGGUAGUUUCGGUAUUUCUGGCAGAUCUAUAAGGUUGGGCUCAUACGAAGACGAUGAAGGCAAGGGUGAUCAAAACAGCAAGAUUGAUGGAAACCUAUACGAGCCGUGGGGUUGUUGCCAAAUUACCACUAAAGACUCCGCUUCCAAAUGCAGCUCGCUCCCUGCUUCUUUUGUGGUGAUGCUUCUAUUUGGAGGAAUUCUUGUGGUAAUUGUGUCGGUUUUAUGA